AUGUGUAAUCAUGUGCAUACAGUGCUCUACGAAGCGCCGGAAAGAGAGGAAUUUCAUGUUCUGCUAAAUGCAAGGGCAUCGCUACUAGGAGCAAGGAUGCUACUUGCUAAAUGCAAAUUGGUUCGAGAAAUCGGGUUAUCAACUGGUGGUGCCACUUGCGGUCGUGGUUUUACAGCUAAGGCGCACUACUCCACUGACGGUGCUGUUUUUCACACUUCAGGUGUCCCCAAGGGGCCUCUUCUUCCGCGCGCGCUCUUUUUGUGCUUUUCUGCAAAGGGAAGCUAUGCGCAGCGCGACUGCCCAUGGAUUGCUGGGCUGAAGGCAAAGGCCAACCGACAGGAGCGUGAUGAACUUCUGAAGACCUUGCGCCUGCAAUAUGCUGAACUUCGGCCUUGGGCUGAUGCCUUCGACCUGGUGGCCUUGCAAGAGGUGGACCAGGCAUUGCGGACGUGCUUGGGCGCUGAAGGACUGGGCCCCGAUCGAUGGGUGGAGAGCGCGCCACAUGUGGACGCCCGUGGCAUCCCGGUGGAUUCGACCACUGCCGUGCUCUUGGGCCCGGCGAGCCGCUGGCGGAUUCGAGGAAAGGCCCAUUGCGAGUUAACGAUGCCCACUGGUAGCGGGCGUGUGGCGCGGCGCGACCACUGCGGGAUCUUGCUGGAGGGCACCUUUCCAUUGGUGCUGUGUUCGGUGCACUUGCAUCCGCCGAGUGGCACGGCAGCGUACUUGCAGUACCUGGAGCCAUUGAAGGAAAUGAUGCUCUCCUUGGUGCCCGAGCAGCCCGGGCACUCGCCCGCGCUGGCACUACUGGGCGACUGGAACUGCUCGCAGGGACAGCUGAAGGAGCUCAUGGCGGAGGAUGUGUUGGCCACCUUGGUGCUACCAGGGCUGGGUGUUACCAGUUUGCUGCGGGCAGGGCGGUGCGAUUCUCGAAGGAAGGAUGCCUUCUGGAGCAGCUUCCAGUCGGUGGCGCCGAUGGAAGCCACCGCCUUCGAAAGCAAUCCCUGUGCGACGGGCGACUUCAUGCUGUUUCGACCCGCAGCUCCUUCAGGCCUCCAGUGGCACUGCCAAGCCGAAGCGGAAGCCGACUUCGGCGCGUUUCGUGCCUACAGCCGCGCGGUGUUGGCGGACACGGUGCAGCGCCUGCCCUGGCUGCGGGCCUUGGCCGCCUCGACGGAGGCCUUGCAGCAGGUGAGGCUCUUGGAGCGUCAACUCGAGGACUUGAAGCCCAAGCGCACCGUCACACCUGAGGAUGGCGUGCCUUCGCGCCAGGAGGUGGACCCCGCGACCACGCCGUCGUUGUCCCGCGACCGUUGGCGCCACCCCUGGCGGCCGCCAGCGCCGGUGCGGCAGGAGGUCGUGUCCGAUCUGCUCCGAUCGGUGCUGCAGCUCCACGGCCAGCUGGACCGGCAGCAUCAGCGGCUGAAGCAGGUUCAAGGAGGCCUUGGAAUGGUUCUGCCCAAGUCUUUGGACACCUCCGACCACAGGCCUUUGGUCUUCGAGGGCUUUCUGGAAUAG